AUGAACGCACAAGCGAAAAGCGUACAAGGGCGGCGGGCUAGCCCUGCCAAGAUGGAGAGAACGCCGGACGGCGAAGCGGAAAAGAAGGAGUUCUGCCUCUUCUACAUCUGCGAGCUGCUAAACAUGAUUUACUCAACCUACAAAAACAGCAAGCCCAUGUACGUGCAUUUUGUGUGUUCCAAGGAGCGAGCAAGUGAAAGUGAAGCGGAUAGCGACCGUGCAAGUGAAAGUAACGGUGGAGGUAACAGCGGUGGAGGCAGCAACGGUGUAAGCAGCAACGGUGCAGGCAAGGCGGAUGGAAGAAAAAAUGAAAGUAGAAGUGUGUCAUCCGGGAGGAAAGCCUUCCAGUACACACCCAGCUCGGUGCUAGAACAAUAUUUCCCUGACCACUUUAAGAAUGUGCAUUUCCUGUGUGCACAUUAUGCCAUAUGGCCAAACGACCCCAGUAAUGACGACAGCAAAGGUCAUUCCACCGCAAACCUGAAUGAUGGACCAAGCAAAAAAAAAAAAAGAGCCAUCAACGACAGUACUGGUGAACACAGUAACUCCAUUUAUCACAAGGAACAGACCUUUUAUUUCAUUUUCACUUUUUACAUGGAGCCAAAUUUUUUGUGGGAGGAAAUCAACAUACCUAUAUUUCACGAUAAGGGUUAUAUCGAGUGCAAAUUUGAUUCGAUUAAAAAUUUAAUGAAGCUACAUGACGGGGUGAAUUUAAUAAACAGGUUAAAAUUGCGUGCACAGCAUAAGACGCUCAUUCAGUGCAUUCGUGGGGCUAACCCCAAUACGGGCACCCUCAACGGGGCUAACCUCAAUACGAGCAGUCUGAACGGGGCUAACCUCAAUACGAGCAGUCUGAAUGGGGCUAACCCCAAUACGAGCAGUCUGAAUGGGGCUAACCCCAAUACGAGCAGUCUGAAUGGGGCUAACCCCAAUACGAGCAGUCUGAACGGAGUACAGUGCUCGAACCAGUCAAGGGGCGAUGUGCACAUCCUGCCCUUUUUCAUCUCAACGCACCGCUUGCACAAAAAUUACCAAGUGUGCCUCACCAGAGUAAUUAGCUUUAAUGAUAGGGGUGUGUAUUGUAAGAGGGACCAGGGCGAGGACCUCCCCAUUCAGCUGCUCCUUCUCGUAAGAAAGAAGCUCCACAAAACAUUGAAGAGCAUGCAGAGGGAAGCAGCCCUCGUGUGUCAUCUGAGAAGAAGCGACACGAAAGGGGCAGGUGCAGAAUGUCCCAAUUUCGUUCUCACUAAAGAGGACCCAUCCAAGACCAGUAAUUCAGAUUUUGAUUCUACCAUGCGCAGUGAUGAUCAUGCAGACGGCACUGCUUCAACCAGUGGCAACAGGAGAGGAGGAGACCUCCAUGUCGAUCAUCCCAACUCCAAGCAUGCACAGGAUAACCUUGCGGGGGUCGACUAUGAUGAGAUUCAUAAACUCAUAAAUUGUGCAGAAACGAUUUUCAAAAAAAGGAUCUCAGAUCAGCAGCUAGAGAAGUUGCUCCUGCGGACCCACAGCAGGGGGAAUACCCACAGUGAUGCAACGCGGGUUACUCUCCCCAACCUCCCUAACCUCACCAGCAUUGCAAAUAUUAUUAAGGUAGCCAACGGAGGUAACGUGGCAAACCUGAACAGUAUAGCUAGCUUCGGCAACGCUGACAGGGGUCUCUCACCCAACAGGGCGAAUUACCCAAAAGACGAAGCCAUGGAUGUACACUUGGCCCACGACGACUAUUAUGAAUUCGUUCGCUCUGGUAAAAGUGAAUUAAAAAACACGUUGCGAGAUGCGUGGCAGCUCGUUAUUGAUAUUAACAAGCCGAGCAAAAAGAGCAAAUUUGCGUAA